AUGGUUAUCGAAUCCCUCACGGAAGUCGUCGCCCCGGAAGGUGUCAAAGCAAGGCUCAUCGCAACUAGAACAUCGGACAUCACUCUUCCACACGCCGAAAAGACCAAUGGACGAAUAGUCCCUAUCGAGCACCCGGCUGAAAGCAAGGUUGACUUUGGUGCUGAGGUUUACGGAAUAGAUCUGAACAAGCUCACGGAUGCAGAUUUCGAAUUGAUCUCGGAUGCGCUGUAUAAGCAUAAGGUCUUGAUUUUCAAGGAGCAGCCGGAAAUGCUCAAACCACAGCAACAGUACCUUCUGACCGCAAAUUUCGAUCCUGAAGAGACAACAGGAGGCUUCGCGCAUGGGGCCGAUCCAUUCUUAAUCUCGCACAACGGCGUCAACAUCUAUGGCAUUCAGAGCAGACCUGCCAUUCCUGCACAACCACAAGUGCAUAUCCUGGGCCGAGGCCAAGUUCCCCAAGAUCAUUACCAAUUCCCGCCCGGUUUCAAGGUCAAGGGUAUCGACCAUCGCGAAUUUCAUCUUCCGCCUCACAUCCCCAAAGAAGAGCGCGAGAAAGGAGCCAGUCGGUUCUACCAAUGGCACUGGGACGGAGCCUUGUACAAUAUCCCACCUCCAAGGGUGGGCUGUUUACUGGCCGUCAGGGCUCCGAAGGGGCCAGAUGUCACGGUUCGCUGGGACGAUGGGACCGGGACGGAGAUGAAGAUCCCACCUGGAGCAACUGCCUAUGUUGCCGGAUCCAGAGCUCUGGACCUUCUCGACGAAGAGACCAGACAGAUUGCUUUUCACUCUCGGAUCGAGUACGCGCCGCACGCCUUCAAGUGGAUGUCGACCGCUCAUAGCGCCAGACUUGGACACAUCCUGGAAACUGAAGGCCUGGAGCUUCCACGCGAGAAGCUCCCACCCGUCGACGAAAGCAAAAUCUGCAUCUACCCAAUGGUGUGGACGAACCCCAAGACGGGCGAAAAGUCCUUGCAAGUGCACGGACAGGGAGCGGUCAAGUUGUACCUCAAGAGCAACCCGGAUGGGGAAGAAAAGAUCAUUGACGACCUGAAAGAAGUCAGGGAGUUCAUGAACAAAAUCAUGCGGCCUGCAAUCUCGCCCGAGAACAUUUAUGCCCAUCCGCACCAGGAGCAAGACGUUGUACUUUGGUACAACCGCGCCUUGUGGCACAGCAUUACCGAGUUCCCCGAGUCAUAUGGACCAAGGAUCAUGCAUCAGUGUAACAUUGCCGCGUCGGACCAUCCCAUAGGCUAG